AGAGUAGCGGAGUCGACGGAGAUGUUUUGGCCUUACGCCGGACCAAAAGGAAACCCGUCAUUUUCGUAUAAACACAUGAACUGUAAAGCUCUGUUUUAUGUGAAUUACAGUCAAGUGAUUAGGAUAGCUAACUAGCUAUACAGACGGCCUUGUCUUGUUAGGCUACUUGUGUGUCUGCUGCCAUAGCCAACAACCCCAAAGUCGCUCUGAGACGUGGCCUCACUGUUGUGUACAUCAUGUCAAUAAUAGCCAAGCGAUGUGGUGUUACGUUUGCACCACCCUCAAUCAUCCUUGUAUAUGAAAAUGAAGACACAAGUAAGAUCCGUAAAAGAAUAAUACCAGUAAGGAAUUUCUCCAAGUACUCAGAUUGCAGCAGGGCUGCAGAAAGACUGAAGCACCAUAGCCGCCAUGGUCUCUAUCUUAAAUCUGUGCCUUUGGCCCAGCUGGAGAGAUUACACACGGUGCUUCGUGACCACCUAUGUGGUCUCACAGUAGAAGAGAGUCUAGCUGCCCAGCGGGGCCCUGGCCCACAGGAAGAAGAUCUCAACAAGCUUAGUGAUGAUGAGCUGAAUCUCCGCAAGGCUAAGAUGGACGUGCUGUUUGAGCAAAACCGCCGCCACAAAGACGAUCCCACCUUCGUGUAUGACCUUGAGGUGGAGUUUCCCGAGAACAGUGUGCGGGAAACCUGUAGCUGGGAUGAGGACCUCUCAGAUGAGUUUUAACAUACUACACUGUUCGUAAGCCCAGGAAUAAAUCUCUACCUUGUUGCUGUAUACAGGGUGGAUAGAAAUUGCAUCCACUGCUGCCUUCCUUGCUCCUUUGAAGCCAUUUCAUGACACCCACUAAUGCACAGGACUGUCAACAUGGAGUGCCACUAGUGAAGAGUCCACAGCCAAAUUCUGACAGGACCUUGUUACAGGAUCUACAUGUUCAACUACAAACAAGUGCAGACCUAAGACCCUGGACUUUUUUCCCCUUUCCAAUUCAUAAGCAGAUCUCACUAUAAACAUUUUAUAUCUUGUAUGAAUAUUGCUAAAUAUUUAUUUUGUUUUUAUGAAAAUCAGUACUGAACAUCUAGCCCACAUCUCAAGGAACAUUGUUAAAUAUAUGAAGAUUUCACAGUAAAAUAAAAAAAAAAAGAUGUUUGGUUCGAUAUAGUACUUCAAUAUUAUGAUAAACCAGAAGAAAACAGCAAAGGAAUAUGUCUUGAUUGUCACUUUCAAUCUUCCCACUCAUUGAAAGACUCUGAAUGGUAGCUACUGACCUUUAACAAUAGGUUUGUGUACACUAGCAGAGAACCAUGCAAGCUCAGCCGUAUUGUAGCUGCAGUUAAAUAUAAAUGAUAUAAUUCCAUAUUUAUCACAAUAAAUCAGAUGAUACAAGGUAAUAAAACAGUAGUGCAGCAUACAUCAGUGCUUACACCACCUAAUCUCACUUUGGUAGCUCCACAUUUGUGCCAUCUCAAAAUAUUUUAAAUUUUUUAAAUUUACAGCAAAGUCACAAGUGGUCCGAUUCUCCUGGAGUGCUUUAUAAGCACUGGGCCACAUUGCAGGACCAUUGCAAACUUAAAAUCGUUCACAGCAUUCAUAAAGCAUCUCAGAACUGGAAUACUGAACCAGAAUCAGUUGUCCCAGCCUCAAGUCCACAAACACCCCCACAGGUCUGGGGUGUACUUUUGACCAGUAUGGAAUUUUCUGAAAUCAGAAAAUGCCACAUUUUCCAUGACUUUCAUAUUGUGACCCUUCCUUAGAAACACCAUGUUAAAGCUAUGUUUCUGCUGUAAAGGUAGCAUAUUUUGUU